AACCAGAGCAAGUCUUUUGUUAGCAUUCCUUAGCUCAGUGGCAGAGCAUUCCUUGUGCAAACCCAGAACUCCAUACAAGUCCCUGCCACUAGCUCUGCUGCCAUUCUCUCCCAGAUUUGCCAUUGUUGCGUCCUUCUGUUCUGUUUCCGUUGUCAAUAAAGUUCAAUCCUUUACCCCUUUAUCUUGUCGACAAAUUACAACGAACAAGAACCCAAUAGAACGCUUAAAAGAACAGAGCAAACCCAAAACCCAGUUUUAGAAAUGGAGUAGGAAGCUGGCUUGUUGGCAUUUUUUGGGGGUUCCGUGGAAGUGAAAAAGGGAAAGCGUAAAGAAGGGAGAAGAAAGGAACUAGCUUUUUCCUUUUCACCUGUGUCUUUCGGGUGGAGGAAUUGGAGAUGGGAGAGGGAAUUGUGAACGAGGAAGAAAGAAAGAGCGGCUGGCUCUAGCUGGUGGCUGCCAAAUAGUAGUCUCCAGAAACCGGCCAGUUUUAUACAUAAUAAUAAUAAUAAUAAUAAUAAUAAUAAUAAUAAAGUUCCUUUCUUUGUAUCUGCCUUGGUUUUGAUUUGGAUUUGUGUUGCCGGUAAUGGUAUUGUUAUUGUAUCCAUCCACUUGCAAGUGUCAUUACCAUAUAAUAAUCGUUCUUUCUAAUAUUCAAUUAGUUCCUUUAGCUUGAUAUUUUGUUUAAAUAAAUAUUUGCAACCACGAAAAAGAUCAACUACUAAUUGAACUUCAACAAUGGGUGACCUUAAUAUACAUUUGGAUUUUGCUACGGUGACAUGCAUGUCACCGUGACAUGGACUUUUCGGUCGACCUAAUCCAUCAUGCGGUCGACCGAAUGGACUAAUUCAUGUAUGUGGGGUUUCAAGACGCGGUCGACCUCUUACAUAAUACGGUCGACCGCUUUGGUGGUCUAACAGAAUGAAAGGUCGACCCAAAUAUCUCAUAGGCCGACCCUUGUGCAUCUAACAGGUCGACCGCAUUAUGAAGAGGUCGACCGCCUUCACACCGUAUCCGUAUUGGAUAUGGAUUCCAACACCAAAAAGGUUCCACAAUUGGACAAGGAAACGAAUUGGGUCGACCCAUUGACGUCCUAAAUCUCUAUAAAUACGAAUAUUAGUCCCCUUCAACGCCUCCAAGUCUGAAUGAGGUUUUUUUCCGAUUAAGAGCCUUUGUGAAGAAGAUCGUUCGCGGUUGCUGUUGUACGCGUUGGAAGUGGUCGACCAGGUCUAAGGUGAGGUCGACCUAAUGUACCAUUCGUCGUCUUCUUUUCUAAUGCGUGAUUUCUACCGGCUAAUUUGAUAUAUUGUUGGGUGCAGAAUUCCAUUCGGUCGACCGUGACGUCAACCAGGUCGACCUGACGAGACAAUUCUGCGUAUUUGAAUUUAGGCCACAACACUUGGAUUUCUGUACUUGCGAGGUAACCCAAUUGGUCGACCUAAUGGGUUUCAAGGUCGACCGUUCCUGUUUUUUUGGUUAUUCAACCUGAAUGUCCACUUUGGCUUUGAUUGUAUGACUAUGUUGUACUUGAAAAGGUCGACCGCGCCAGAUAUCUGGUCGACCUAUCCUUUUUUCGGUUUAAUUUUGAACUUACUUUUUGUUGUUAAUUGUUAUUUUCAUGCUGGAUAGGUCGACCUAGGAAUAACAGAGGUCGACCUUAAUGGUUGUGGUAGUCACUAUGUCUUCCAAGUCGACCUAAUACUAUGUCAGGUCGACCACGUAUUUUUUUUGGUCAAUUGUAGAAAUUUGUAGUUGAAUUAUGAUUUAAAUUUUUCUUGAAAUUGUUUAGACAAUGACGCAUGAUGAGAAACUGCAUCAAGAUUUGGGUGAAAUCAUGAAAUUGUUGAAAGCCACACAAGAGAAGCUGGUGGUGUGUCAAACACAACUCAAUGACUUUCAGAAGUCCAUGUGUGAUAGAGUGGAGCAAUUGUCAGUUCGACUGACAGAUAUGACUGGGAUGAUGCAUGACGGGUUUGAGAGGCUAGAAGGUGCUAUCAAAGAUAUAAGUGCAGAACGAAUGGAGAAUGGCGGAAGAAAUGAUAAAGGAAAGAAAUUUGACUUUGGUAAAGAGGAAGAAGACCAUGAUGACUCUGAAAAUUGCUACCAGAGCAUAGACGAUUUAUUGAAAGUGCACAUUUUAAAAGUAUCCAAGUAUAUUCAUAUGUGAUUGAAGAUAUUAGUAUUACUAUCAUUAGUGCUAAUUUGUUUUGUUUAUAUGUUUGACAGAGUGAAACAACGAAUGGCAGCAAGGGUUCCUCUCCUAAGUACAAGAGACCGCGAUAUGAAAGUGACUCCUACACCACUCCACAGAAGGAUCAAUUUGUAAGAAAAGAAUUAUUUAGUGAUGAUAGCGAUGAAGAAGAAUCUAAGAGUCCUUUCGAAAAGCACGGGGUAAGUUUACGUUACAUAUUCAUAUAUAAUGUGUGUUUGUGUUCAUAUGUUACUUUAAUUUUAACUAUGAUUUGUAGGUCAUGAAAGUGGAGGGUCUAGAAGGAUUCACCAAAAAUUUUCAAAAUCCAGUUGAAGACUUGUAUUAUGUUGUUACCAAAGAGAAGGCCGGGGACAAGAAUUGGGACAAGUAAGACGUUUUUUAGUACGUGUGGUCGACCGGAUCGGUUAUGAGGUCGACCGCGUUUCCAAUAAGGUCGACCGUGACUGUGAACAGGUCGACCUGUACGUUGCAAAUCACAAUUGACAUUUCUUUUAUUUUGAUUUUUGCAGUUUGACCGUUGUGGACUUUUUUUCUGAAAACGUGCAACGACAUUAUUUGAGUUCGGUCAUUAGCGAGAAUAGCUGGGUUUGCUCAUCAGUAAGUACUAUACUACUACGACUUUCGUAUGAAUUAUGCACUAUUUAUGUUACGAUUUAUGAUGAUUUUGUGUUUGAUUGUUGGAUGGUAGGUAGUGGAUUUGUGUGCAAGGGCACUAACAAUGUCUGAAAAACAUGAUGUGAAAGAGCCAAAUGUGUGGUAUUUGCCAAAUAUGUUUUCGGUAAGAGCCGUAAUGUCAAAUUAUUUGUCAUAACCUAGUUAUUUAUAUUGUACCAUGUCAAUUCAUCUCAACUAAAACAUGGUGCAGAAAAUGGUACGCGCUAACAUGAAGACCAGACAAAUUCGUAACAAGUUGAUGAAUGAUGGCGUGGUCUUUAUGUCGAAUGUCAGUGCAUGCAAGAAGGUUAGUCUAGUCAAUGUCCCUCUAUCAUUAAAUUUCGAAAGUGCAUUUGUUUUUAUUCGCUGUUUAUAACAUAUAGUGAGUGUUUCGUUGCUAGAUAUUUAUGCCAGUUCUUGACGAUGAAGCACGUCAUUGGUUUCUGUAUCUCGUCAAUGUCCAGCAAAAAACUGCAUUUUUGCUUGACAGUCUACCUUCAACUAGUGAGGCGAAUCGUAGGCGUAAAUCAGCACUAUGCAAGAAAUUGGUAAGUGUUUC